AUGCUAACAAGAAAGAUUAAGCUUUGGGACAUUAAUGCCCAUAUAACUUGUCGUCUGUGCAAUGGAUACCUGAUUGAUGCUACUACUGUAACAGAAUGCUUACAUACUUUCUGUAGAAGCUGCCUAGUGAAAUAUUUGGAGGAAAACAACACCUGUCCAACCUGCAGAAUUGUUAUACACCAGAGCCACCCGUUACAGUAUAUUGGUCAUGACAGAACAAUGCAAGAUAUAGUUUAUAAACUUGUGCCAGGCCUCCAAGAAGCGGAAAUGAAAAAGCAAAGGGAAUUUUAUCACAAGCUGGGCAUGGAAGUUCCAGGGGACAUCAAAGGGGAGACAUGUUCUACCAAACAGCACCUAGAUGCCCAUCGGAAUGGUGAAACUAAAACAGAUGAAAAUUCCAACAAAGAAGCUUCUGAGGAAAAACAGGAAGAAGAUAAUGACUACCACCGAAGUGAUGAACAGGUAAGCAUCUGCUUGGAAUGCAAUAGCAGCAAAUUGCGUGGAUUGAAACGAAAAUGGAUUCGCUGCUCAGCACAAGCCACAGUCCUGCAUCUAAAGAAGUUCAUUGCCAAAAAACUUAACCUUUCUUCUUUUAAUGAGCUGGACAUAUUAUGCAAUGAAGAGAUUCUUGGCAAGGACCACACACUCAAGUUUGUAGUUGUUACUAGAUGGAGAUUUAAGAAAGCACCUCUACUGCUACAUUACAGACCCAAAAUGGACUUACUGUAAGAGAACUGUAUUGUCCUUCUGGACAGAGAUUUUGCAGAGACUAUCUGGCACCUUCUUAGUGCAUCACUAAUCACAUGACACAAACCAGCUGAAUAAUUUUGGAAGACUGUAGUGCUUUCAUAGCAGACUGUUCUUCUGAAUACUUCUUCUAAGGAUGUGUUAUCUAGAUUUCUGAACAGAAGAUAUUUAUACUUUUUUUGUAUGGAAGAAAGAAGUCUCAACAAGACACUACCAGCACUAAGUUUACAGAUACUGAAAACACUUCACAGUUCCAUGUAGCUCAGCCUAAUUUAUCUCUUACAGUUACACAGAAAUAAGUUAGAAUGUUGUGGGGUGAUUUAAAAAUGUUGCUUUUGACACCAAGUUGCAUUUAGUUACUUUUCACAUUCUGAAUCUUUAAAAAUUAUAUUUUUGCAAAGUGUUACUGUCUUAUAUAGUAUGCCUGAUUGCAUUGGCUU